AUGUACGAAGACGAUGCAAUUCCGCCUCCUCUUGAUACUUCUCUUGUGCCACGUGGUGCUACUAGUACUAUCAACUUCAGCGCCCUAACUCGCGGUCGCGUCUUGGAGAUCGUAGCGGGAGAGGAAAUAGAUGACAUCCGCCUAUCCACUACCGUCGCCACUAGCGCUCUCCUCGAACGCAAGGGACACAGACGCGCUCUUAUACGCACUAAGGGAUGCAAAGCCCUCCUGCUUAUAGGGAACCAAUCCCGGACCAAGAUAUUCGAGCUCAACAUCCGUCGUCCCCCGCUUUCCAAUUCGACGGUCACGAAGAUGGAUGUGGGGUGUACCUCUGUUUCUAAAGCAGAGAAACACGUAGUUCAGCUUGAUGAUAAGGGGAGAGUGGUGACGAGUAUUGUGGAAAGAGAUGGGAUGGACUGGAUGGUGUUACGGAUGCGGGAGGGCCUGGGAGGAUUGUAA